AUGGUGAUAUCCCAAUUUUAUAUUUUGUCUCCAAGAGGGGAUACUAUUAUUAAUAGAGAUUUUCGUGGAGAUAUAAUAAAAGGUAGUGCCGAAGUAUUUUUUCGAAAUGUAAAAUUAUAUAAAGGUGAUGCACCUCCAGUUUUUUAUUUGAAUGGUAUAAACUUUACAUAUUUGAAAAGCAAUAAUUUAUAUUUUGUAUUAACAUCAUUGUUUAAUAUUUCUCCAAGUUAUUUAAUUGAAUUAUUACAUCGUUUGCUAAAAAUAUUUAAAGAUUUUUGUGGACAAAUAACUGAAGAAUUAAUACGAACGAAUUUUAUUUUAAUAUAUGAAAUAAUAGAUGAAAUAAUAGAUUAUGGUUAUUUACAAAAUAGUAAUACAGAAUAUAUUAAAAAUUUAAUACAUAAUGAAAUAACAACAAAUAAUAAUACAGUGAAAAAAUUUACUAACCUACCUAAUUUUUCAAUAAAAAAUACAAAUACAUUACCAUCAAAUGCAUCACAAAAACCUAUACAAAUUAAUGAUAAAAAAAAUGAAAUAUUUAUAGAUAUAGUGGAAAAAAUUAAUUUAAUUAUGAAUUCUAAUGGAGAAAUUGUAUAUUCAUAUAUUGAUGGAGUUAUACAAAUAAAAUCUUAUUUAUUAGGAAAUCCUUUUAUCAAAAUAGCUUUAAAUGAUGAUUUAUAUAUUAAAAAUAUUCAUCAUGAUAAUUCGAAUAAUAUUAUUAUUGAUGAUUGUAAUUUUAAUCAUCUAGUUAAUUUAUCCCAAUUUGAAAAAGAUAAAAUUAUAUCCUUAUAUCAACCAGAUGGUGAAUGUGUACUUAUGAAUUAUAGAAUUAAUAAUAACUUUAAAGCCCCUUUUAAAAUAUAUGCAAAUGUUAUAUAUAAUCAAAAUCAUACGGUAGAACUGUUUAUAAGAAUACGGCUAGAUAUCCCUUCUCAAUAUACAUGCACAAAUGUAUUUGUUUAUUGCAACUUAUGUAAACACAUAACUAAUGUGCACCUGGACUUGAAUACGAAUUCGGAUUUAUUCUCAGCUCAAUAUAUAUCAAAUGAGAACAAAUUAUUAUGGACCAUCAAAAAAUUCAAGGGAGAACAUGAAUAUAGUAUUCGAUCAAAAAUUACCUUAAGUCCUCAUUAUGCCUUUUCAAAACGAGAUUUUGGACCUAUAUAUAUUUUAUUUGAAAUACCAAUGUUCAAUUUAUCAAAACUUAGAAUAAAAUAUCUGAGGAUAAUUGAAAAUUACAAAACAAGUAAUACGCAUCGAUGGGUGCGUUAUAUAACUCAAUCUUCUUCAUAUGUUUACCGUCUGAACUGA